AUGCUCGUGAAGUCUCCAAGAAAGCGUCCCGGCUUUGGCUCGAUCAGCGAAGGAUGUGCGCAGAAGAAGGUGCGUCUUCCACUGACCACGGAUGAUUUAUUCGGCUCAGCCCCAACUACCGUGGUCGUGAGCGAAGCAAUGAAGACUUAUUUUGUGCAUAAGACUGUCAUCCCCAACAAUUCUGCCUUUUUCAGCAAUGCCCUCAAGCAAGACUGGAAGAAGGGCGUCACGAGGAUUGUUGAACUGCCCCAUGUUGACUCCGCCACCUUUCAAUUCUAUCUGGACUGGUUGUAUGCCGGCCCACGUUUGAACUUUAUGAAGGAUGACGACAGAGUCUACCCGACCGUCGACGAGUUUGCAAAAGCCACCACCGAAGAAUCACCUACCACUCAGACUGCACCACAAGUGGAAACACACGUGGAUGAAACACCCUCUGUUGAUUACGAGUGGACCAGAUGGCACCAGUGCUACGAGCUCGGCAACUAUUUUCAGGAUACCGACUUCAAGGACACGCUGAUCGACAUAGCCGUUGAGAAGAUGUCCUCAGACGAGGAAUACACUCUUGCCCUUCCAGGAUACAUCUACCCAACCUCGAAUGCUCAAUCACCACACAGAAAACUUGCAGUCGAUGUCAAAGUCUGGCUCGGUCACUCGUUCCAAAGAGCACCAAAAGCAGAUCACCUUUCCGAGUUCCUGGCUGAUCUGAUUGCGGAUCUGGGAUGCAAAGCACGUACUCGUUACGUUGGUGAGAUGGGCAUAUAUGAGUACCUCAAGGGAGUUGCCCCGUGCAAAUACCACGAGUAUACUCUCAGCACGGCGGCGUGCUAUCUCGCAAAGCGAGCGGUUGAUUAA